GCACGCGGACACAUGGCGCCUCACCGGUACACCCCGACCGGCUCGUCCGCCGUGCGGAGCGAGAGCUCGUCUGGAGCCGCUCCGCCGGGACCAUACUACGGAGAACCGCACAAGUUUGACGCUUCCUUCCGUGGACCAAUCCGUAAAAGGAGCUGCACAGAUGUUUUAUGUUGUUUGAUCUUCAUCCUCGUCAUCCUCUCAUAUGUUGCCCUUGGGAUAGUCGCCUGGUUACACGGAGACCCCAGGAAGGUCCUCCAUCCCACCGACAGCUACGGACACUUCUGUGGUCAGAAAGGAACUCCUAACGAAGGGAAACCCAUCCUCUUCUACUUCAACCUCCUGAAAUGCACCAAUCCGGCGGUGCUCAUCAAUCUGCAGUGUCCCACAACUCAGAUGUGUGUGUCACGGUGCCCAAACAGGUUCACCACCUACACCGAGAUGCAGCUGCAGCACAAACUGGGCGGCGGUCACUGGGAUUAUUACAGGAAGUUCUGCAAACCGGGUUUUAACAACCCUGAAAAGCCGGUGUCUCAGGUGCUGCGAGACGAGGACUGUCCCUCCAUGAUCGUCCCCAGUCGACCUUUCCUCCAGAGGUGCCUGCCGGACUUCACCACUCUCAAUGGGACGGUGACUGUAGCCAACAGAACCAGGUUCCACGACGCUCUGGAAAUCCCUCGCAGUGUUUCUGACCUCCAGCACGCCGCCAAGGGUAUAACUGGCCUGGUGGACACUAAGGAGCUGGGCGUGAAGAUAGUGGAAGAUUAUGCCAACUCGUGGACCUGGAUACUCAUAGGUCUCUUGAUGUCUUUGGCUGUGAGUCUGGUUUUCAUCCUGCUGCUGAGGUUCACAGCUGGACUCCUGCUGUGGGCCACCAUCCUCGGGGUCAUCCUGCUGCUGGCGUACGGAAUCUGGUACUGCUCUAAUGAAUGGUCCCAGCUGCAAUACAAACAGGGGUCGGAGGUCGCCAUCGUGGAGGUGGGCCUGCAGACCGACCUGCAGGUUUACCUGCAGCUCAGGCAGACGUGGAUUAUAUUCUUGGCGAGCCUGGGAGCGAUGGAGCUGUCCAUUUUACUGGUGCUGAUCUUCCUAAGACGACGAGUCCGAGUGGCGAUCACCCUGCUCAGAGAAGCUAGCAGGGCCGUCGGUCACAUCAUGUCCACGCUCUUCUUCCCCGUCGUCACCUUUCUCCUGCUGACUGUUUGCGUCUCGUACUGGGCCGUCACCGCACUUUACCUGGCGUCUUCAGGUGACGCCGUCUACAAGGUGACGUCUCCUGAUGGGAGCUGUCCCUACGUCAACAGCACAUGUAACCCAGAGACCUUCAGCAGGUCGAACGUCUCGCGCUCCCCGCUCUGUCUGGGCUCCCAGUGUCUCUUCGCCUUCUAUGGAGGGGAGACGCCGUACCACCGCUACCUCUUCCUGCUGCAGCUCUCCAACCUGCUGGUCUUCUUCUGGCUGGUCAACUUCAGCCUGGCCCUGGAGCAGUGCACGCUGGCCGGAGCCUUCGCCAGCUACUACUGGGCCCGCAGGAAGCCUCAGGACAUCCCGUCCUGUCCGCUCUUCUCCUCGUUCAGCAGGACCAUCAGGUAUCACACUGGAUCUCUGGCGUUCGGAGCUCUAAUUCUGGCAGUCGUCCAGCUACUCAGGGUCACGUUGGAAUAUGUUGAGCAGAAACUGAGAGGUCUCGACAACAGCCUGUCCCGGUUCAUCAUGUGCUGUCUGAGAUGCUGCUUCUGGUGUUUGGAGAAAUUCAUUCGCUACAUGAACCGUAACGCCUACAUCAUGGUGGCGAUCUAUGGGAAGAGCUUUUGUACUUCAGCCAGAGAGGCCUUCUUCCUGCUGAUGAGAAACGUAGUGAGGGUGGCUGUUCUGGACAGACUGACUGACUUCCUGCUGUUUCUGGGAAAAGUCUUGAUAGCAGGAAGUGUUGGCGUGGUUGCGUUCCUUUUCUUCAACAAGAAGCUCCCGGUUCUCCAGGAAGAAGUUCCCAGUCUCAACUACUGCUGGGUCCCAGUGCUGACGGUGGCGAUGGGCGCCUACCUGAUCGCUCACAGCUUCUUCAACGUCUACGCCAUGUGUGUCGACACCCUCUUCCUCUGCUUCUGCGAUGACUUGGAGAGGAAUGACGGGAGCUCAGAGAGACCGUACCUCAUGUCGCCCGAGCUGCACAGCAUUCUAGGAAAAGCCAGUCAGUCCCGGUAA